CGAGCUAGCUAGCCAUAUCCCACAUCUGGCUAAGUUUUUUAAUUUUAACAAAUAAAAUAAAAAAAAAUGAGUCAACAACAACCAAGAAGGGAACAAGGUGAUCAAGCAGCCGAUCCGAUCAAAUAUGGCGACGUUUUUGCUGUCUCUGGUGAGCUAGGAGAAAAAGCUGUUAAGCCGGAAGAUGCAGCCAUGAUGCAGAGCGCUGAGACCGCCGUGCUCGGGAAAACACAACAGAGCGGUCCAGCGGCUGCAAUGCAAUCAGCUGCUAAUGUUAACGUGAGCGCCGGUUUGGUUCAACCGGGUGAUGUUACUGAUGUUGCUGCUAGAGAGGGUGUUACGGUUACUGGGACCGCGGUUCCUGGUGCUAAUAUUAUUACUGAAUCAGUUGCUGGACAGGUAGUUGCACAAUACAUACAGCCAACAGGAGCAGCCACCACCGGAGGCAGUAGGAGAGAAAUCACUAUAGGAGAAGCUCUUGAAGCGGCUGGACAAACCAUACCGGGCAAACCAGUGGAUCAAUGCGACGCAGCAGCAAUCCAAGCAGCUGAAGUACGCGCAACAGGCAGCGAUGUUAUCACUCCUGGAGGCGUAGCAGCCACUGCUCAGUCGGCUGCUGCGUAUAAUGAAUCUAUGAUAAAAGACGAGGACAAAGUUAAGCUUGGAGAUGUCUUAUCGGGUGCUACUAAGGUAUUGCCCGCGGAUAAGGCAGCGACGAGGCAGGAUGCAGAAGGAGUGGUAGGGGCGGAGCUACGGAACAAACAAGACAUGUCCACCACUCCUGGUGGAGUAGCUGCUUCUGUGACCGUAGCUGCCCGGAUGAAUGAAAGGAGUCAACAACAACAAUCCUGAUCUCUAGGUUGUGCUAUAGUAGUAGUAGUCAGUUAUAGUCGAAGAAGUAUUUUAUGUUAUAUAGGUUAAUCACUUGGUUACCAUGUGGUUGAUGAAUUACUGUUGUUUGUGUAAAAUAUGGGUUUGUGUUUGGGCUUAUAAUGUUCAAUUAAUGAAAACUUUUCACAUGACCA